ACUUUAAAGUUUAAGCUUGCAUUUUUGUGCUUUUUCUUUCUUAAUUUUUGUUCGUUUAGAUAGCUUUUUUUUGAAGGGCGCUAAGAGAUAAAAAAGUAGGUGAGAUAUGUGUUCAUAGAAAAAUUAAAAAUUUUUUGAUAAGAAAUGACAAUAUGAACAAGAGUAUAGCAUCUCACAAAUAUGUGCACAUUAUAAAGUAGCUUUAUGUGUUGUUUGAGAAUAAAUUAUUAAACAAAUAAAAUAGUUGAAGCAUUAUUAUAUUUGCUCCAUGUUCAAUUCAACCACUCUAGAUUUUUUUUUUUUUUUUUUUUUUUGGGGCUCCUGUUCUGCCUGAUUUCUUCGUCUACCUUAUGUACAAUGCUUCCCCUCCCCUACCAUUUUUAUUCUCCAGACCACCAAAUACCUCUAUUCUUCUCCUUCUGAUCUCUGUGAUAACACACUCAAACCCCUACCUGUACCCUUGCUUGAAUGUAAAAGGAGAAAAAUCCACUGCCCUGAUUCCUAAACGCUCAAAACCCGAAUGGAGACCACAGCUGCCAACCCUCCUCCUCAAUCUGACAUGACUAACCGAAACACCCGUCUUCAAGAAAUCAAACACUUUGAUGAGUCUAAAAUCGGAGUCAAAGGCCUUGUUGAUCGUGGCCUAGAAAGCAUCCCUUCCUUCUUCAUUCAUCCCUACCCACCCAAACCAAACCAGAAACCUUCCCCAACCAGAAAGGCUGAUCCAAAUUGCACACCUGGCCUGAUACCUACCAUCCCCGUUAUAGAUUUCUUCUCACCCCGCUCAACCCUUGUUGACCAAGUCCGCCGAGCCUCUUCUUCACUAGGCUUCUUCCAAAUCAUCAACCACUCAGUCUCAUUGUCAUCAAUCACCAAAAUCUUGAGCUCAAUGCAAGAUUUUUUUGAGCUGCCAGAAAAUGUAAAAAAGGGGUAUUAUUCGAGGGAUAUGUCACGUGGGGCAGCCUACUUGACAAACUUUGAUCUCUAUCGAUCAGAAGCCGCCAGCUGGCGCGACACCUUCCAGAUGAACUUAUCUCCUAGACCACCAAAAUGGGAAAAUGUCCCAGUCAUGUGCCGGGAGGUGGUGGUGGAGUGGGAUAAAGAAGUGGUGAAAAUAUCUGAGGAAAUUAUGGGAAUUUUGUUUGAAGGUUUGGGAUUGGAAAAGAGUAAUAAUAAGUUGUGGGAGAUUUCAGGUGGGAGGGUUAUGGCUGCCCAUUACUAUCCAUAUUGCCCACAGCCGGAAUUGACUGAUGGGUUGACAUCACAUACUGACCUGAGGCUGCUGACUAUGCUGGUGCAAAAUGAGGUGCCGGGGUUGCAAGUCAAAAUUGGGGAGGGGUGGGUUGAUGUGGAGCCUGUGAAGGGUGCUAUUUUGUUCAAUAUUGGGGAUCUUUUCCAGGCAUCUUUUUGGAAUGCUUGGUAUGCUGAGGGAGGAAAAGCAGUGUUCGGUGGGGUAUCUUGAACUCUCCAUCACAUAUUUCACAUAUUUUUUGAAUUGGGGCUGGCAAUUUGACCUUUGGGAGCCUCAGUUCAAGAUUGAAGUCAACAAAGAAACUAGAUGUAUGUUAUGUUUUAGUCUCCUUUGCGCUCUAUUUCUUUAGGUAAUGCAAUUUUGGCCAUUUGUUCAGUUUUGAUUUGUGAUGUCCCUGCUAAGAAACUUCUUGAAUUGAUCUGGAUCCUCAUUUAUGGCACUGAUAAUGCUUUUCUUUUCAUGCCCGAACAUGAUCUGGAAAUGAUGCGUUUCGUGCUUAACCAGUGACUUGGGAAGGAUUUGUUUCAUUUUUAACUCAGGCCUCACGUUUAAGGGAACCACAUUAUGAAAGCCUCCACACGUUUUUCUGUUUGCGAUACAUGAAAAUUCUGUU